AUGAAUACAAUUGUCGAAACUGCCGUCAAAAUUGUUGGUCCUGUCAAGGUUCAACUGGACGAUUUUGUGGAUCGCCUUUGCUACAAGGCUACUUCUACGCUUCUGUUCGUUUUUGCUUUGCUGACAACCAUCGACACUUUUGGGAAACCAAUUAAUUGUAUGGUACCGGCGGAGUUUACAGAGAUUUGGUCCAAUUUUGUUCAUCAAUACUGCUUUGUCACUGGCACCUAUGUCAAAAACUAUGAUGCUGAUGGUGUGAUGGAGAAGGUCUUUGUGGGCUAUUAUCAAUGGGUGCCUUUUGUGCUCGUCCUUCAAGCAGUUGCUAUGUACUUGCCUUAUCUGUUUUGGGAUUUCUGCCAGAGUUGGUCUACUGAUGUUGACUUCUCGCAUAUCAAUUCGCUUUGUGCGAAGGCGCGUACAGAUGAAGCAGCUAAUCGCACAGUACAUUUGGACAGGGCGGCGAAGCAAAUCUAUCAGGUUGCCAAACAUCGCGGCUUUCAUGGUAUUGGGUUAGGUGCAGUCACAUUCUACUAUACCUUCAAGUGUUUGAAUAUUGUGGUGAUCGUUAGCCAAAUUAUUUUCCUCGCUGCAUUCUGUGGAAAGCAAGAUCUUUUUUGGGGAAUUAAGUUUGCGGAAGAAAUGAUUGCAGGCAAUUCUCUCUACUGGGAUAAAUUUGGUUAUUUCCCUCGUGUUGCUUAUUGCUCUUUUGGCCGUGAUUUUCUUGGAAGUAGUUCUGGAAAUUUUGUCCAGGAGGCGAGAUGCACACUUGGCUUCAACGUCAUCAAUGAGAAGGUUGGGAAAAUUUUUUUUAUUGAUUCAAUUUUUAAGAUUUUCCUGAUACUCUUUUUCUGGUUCAUCUUUCUCUUCGUGCUGACUUUGAUCAAUGCUUAUUCAUUCCUUUAUGGAAUUUUUUGCUGCAAGCGAAUCCAAACGGUGAGCAACUAUCUGAGGUUGGUUGAUCGUUGUGAUGAGCUUUUUGGCGUGAUUGCUGUCCCUACUACUAGUACUGCCGUUUCUAAUGCUAACAAGAAUAAGAGUCUCAAUACUGAUCGCAAAACGGUUGCCGAUUUUGUGAACCGUGUACUUGGAUAUGAUGGUGUAUUGCUUUUCCAUUUUAUCAAAUCAAAUAAUGGAGAGCUUGUAGCUGUUGAAGUUUGUUCGCGUCUUUUCCAGAUCGACGCUCGUAAUAAGAAAUAGUAGAAGUGUUUGGAUAAAGAAAGAAAAUUGGAGAAAAUAUUUAU